AUGACACCGAAAAUAACCAGAGCAUAUGAAAACAAAGAAUACCCUGAGAGAUGUCCAGUGAAAAUGUAUGAAAAAUAUAUGAGCUUGAGGAAUACAGUCCCUUAUUUCAAUAUUCAACUACUAAAAUCACAGUUAUAUAUUGUAAAGAUAAUAAUCUAUACAGUCAUCUAUUAUAAUCUUGUUAAAAGUCCCAUUUCCCAUAUCAAAUCACUUGCAUAUGCAUACAAAAAAUUCCAGGUGUUAGGUUGGUUACGAAUUCUCUUGUGGGAGCUGCGUUAUUUUCAGUUAACUCUGUCUGGAAUUGCAGGAACCACGGGUAUCGGACAAAAAAUUGGAAUGUCCAAAAUAGAACUCAAAGGUGUUCAAUAA